AGUCACGGCAUCGUGAAAACAUGUACAAGCCAAGGGAAGAGGAUGAGACCGCCGACGACUCAAACAAUUUCCCAAACUGUACAGUUGCAACAGAUGAGAAGGUGCUCUCAUCAUUUGACAAUGGUCAUGAUGCGGGAAAGAGGGAGCAAUGGGCCAAAAAAGCUGAUUUCAUGCUUGCAUGUAUAGGGUAUGCUGUCGGCUUAGGUAACGUCUGGAGGUUCCCCUACCUUGCCUACAAAAGUGGUGGAGGAGCAUUCCUAAUACCUUAUUUUAUAAUGCUGAUAUUUGUCGGCAUUCCGUUGCUGUACAUGGAACUAGCCCUGGGUCAGUACAUUCGACUGGGACCCGUCGGCGCUUUCAAGAAGAUCGCUCCAUUUCUGAAAGGUCUAAAAAUACUGUAUUUUUCUGC